AUGUUUAUGAGGUGGCAUGGAGUAUCAGAAGAACAUGUGAGGAAGCUGCUUAAUGCGAAGCCUACCAGCAUUAUACGGUGUGGAACAAACAGGCAAUUCCCUGUACAAGUAGGGAUUCAUCAUCACUCAUCCAUGCCGUUCAUACUAUAUAUGGGCACGGUAACGACAGAAUCCAGAAGCAGCAUCCGUGAACCCUACUCUUUUCCGACGAUGUCAUGCUCCCGUCGGAGUCUCGAGAUGGUCUUCAGAAACAAGUACAGUCCUGGAACGAUCGGCUGCAGCAACAUGGAUCGCGCCUCAAAAACUGAGUACAUGGAGUGCGGACCAAGGAUAAAAGAUGGUGUUGAUGGCACCGAAUUAAACAAGGUGAACAGUUUCAAGUUCCUUGGAUCCAAAGUGGCUUCACAGUCGACAUUGGUCAGGAAGGUCGAGCACGUGCUAAUGCAACCUGGAUGA